AUGGAGAGAGCACCUAUUGAGGCUUACAUACGUGUAAAACCAGGGAAAAGCAUCCUAAAGCAUACAGACAAAUCUGUGCUGGUGUUGAAAGAGUGCGGAGAGGCUGUAAAAUACGAGUUUGAUGGGGUUUUUGGGCCUGAUUGCACACAAGACCAGGUAUUUGAAAGGUUCAGAUGCAUUGUGCCAAGACUUAUAAAGGGACACAAUCAAACACUAUUUUGCUAUGGAAGCACUGGUGCGGGGAAAACAUAUACGAUGGUUGGCCAUGGAAGGUCCUAUGGGCUGAUGCACAACUUGGUGAAGGAUGUUUUAACACAUGGAAGCUUCCUUGUCUCUUACAUGGAGAUAUACAAUGAGAAGAUUUACGACCUAUUGGAACCCAAAGAAUUAGUUUUGAGGGAGUGCAAUGGAACAAUAGUGAUUCCAGGUCUUUUUACCAAGCGUAUUGAGAGUAUAGAAGAAUUUGAGCAAAUGUUUAGACAGGGAACUAAGAAUAGGACGACGGCAGAAACAAAACUUAACAAAAGUAGCAGCAGAAGCCACGGAAUAUUGAGAAUAGGUGUUGGAGAAUACAAACUUAACCUUAUUGAUUUAGCAGGAUCCGAAAAUAAUAGAAAAACGGGUAACGAGGGAAUAAGGCUUACGGAAUCGAAUAGUAUCAACAGAAGCCUUUUUGUUCUAGGAAAAGUUGUAAAUGCCAUACUUAAGGGAGAAAAAAGGAUCCCGUAUAGAGAUAGCAAGCUAACAAGACUAUUACAGGAUUCUCUGGGAGGAAAUAGCCUCUGCUACAUAAUUGCCAAUAUUGUUGGGGAUUCAUCUGCGAUUGGAGACUCUAUAAACACACUUAGCUUUGCAUCCAAGUCUAGAAAUAUUGUAAAUGUACUAGAAACUACACAGAAACCUAAACAUGAGAAUGCUAAAAGCAACAAAUGUAUCCUUCCAGAGUUUGGAGGAAGAAGGCCUUUGUCUCUAAAGACAAACAUGAAGUUUAAUGUUCAGAGAGAAAAAGACAUGCCUCUUAGAGGUAGAGGAAAGGAGAACAAUCCCUUCCAGGAGCCCUUAUCCAUAGACACUACAGGCAGUAAAAAAAGAAAGAAUCUUCUUGAAGACAAAAGAUGUAAGGGAGAAGGAAAUAAAUGCACAAAAGUUUCCAAACAGACUAGCAACGGGAGUUCGCUAAUCUUAAAAUCCCUCCUUGAAAAGCCAGACAUUGUACUAUCUCCACGGACAAAGGAGAAAAGCUAUAGAGCCUUUCUAAAAAGGGCGCAGGAACUUGAGUCUGCACAGAAAUAUAAGUCAGCACUAGAGGAUUACAAAACAAUGCAAAAGUUUUGUGACAACGACUUCAUUAGGGAAAAAAUAGAAAAGAUUAGUACGCUUCUAAAAAAGUCGCGAAAAAAGCCCGAAAUCACAAGAAAAAAUGUAUUGGAAAUUCUUAAUCAAGGAAAUUUCUUUGAUAUAAAAAAGCUUCCCAGGGUUGGAGAUAAAAGAGCCCAGGCAAUCGUAGAUUUUGUAAAUGGAGGAAACUACUUUGAAACACUGAGUGACCUGAGGCUUCUAUUCAGUGAGAAAAUAGUGAAUUCCAUCCUUUUUUCCAUAGGUGAUGGAUGA